ACAUAAAUAUAAGUAAAUCUCGUAAACAGUCCUAAUUAUAUUGUUUGAAAGGUAUCAGCAUAAUACUUUAGAAAGGAAAAGGCUCCGGCAGAUUUGAAUCGAUCGUCGCGACUCAACCGGAAAUCCGGCGACUCCAUAGUCCACACACGUUGUCUCUAGCACAGGGGAAUAGAGAUCGUCGCAGCGUUUCUUUCUUUUCUGAACAGGCGCAGUCCUAGAGAACUCGCAAAAGGAGUAAAAGGCUCCUACAUAACCUGUCAAUAUCAAUAUAUUGUAUGAGUCAGAAGGUAGAAAAACCAGUAUUAUCGGGUCAACGGAUCAAGACCAGAAAAAGAGAUGAGAAAGAGAAGUACGAUCCGAACGGCUUCCGCGACGCGCUCGUGCAAGGUCUGGAGCGCGCCGGCGGUGACCUCGACGCGGCGUACAAGUUCUUAGACGCGGCUGGCUCGAAACUCGACUAUCGGCGCUAUGGCGAAGUCAUAUUCGACGUGCUCAUCGCCGGGGGGCUUCUGCUCCCCGGCGGUUCGGUGUCGAUGGACGGCGAAUCCCCGAAGACUAACACCUGCAUCUUCACCGCAAACGAAGACAUGGAUACCAUGCGAAACUUUGAACAGGUAUUUGUGAAGCUCAUGAGACGUUACAAAUACUUGGAAAAGAUGUUUGAGGAGGAGAUGAAAAAGGUGCUGGUGUACCUCAAGGGUUUCGAGCCACUGCAGCGCAUCAAGCUUGCUCGUAUGACUGCACUAUGGAUCGGCAAUGGUUGCGUGCCACCGUCGGUCCUGUUGGUGUUGGUGAACGAGCACUUGCUGAAGGACAACCUGGCGCUGGACUUCGUGCUGGAGGUGUUCGCCACCGUGAAGGCGGAGCGAGGGGUCACAUCCCUCGUCACCGCACUCAAACGGGGGCAGCUUGAAGGCAGACUGUUGGAGUUCCUGCCGCUGAACCGUCGCAGCGAGGACGUGCUGGCCGCGUCGUUCGCGUCGCGCGGUCUCGGCGAGCUACUCCGCCUGCAUCGCGCGCAAGCCUCGCAGGAAGCUCGCCGCGAGCUGACGCAGGCGCUGCUGGACGAGCUGGCCGAAGACAAGCCCGUGCGGGACCUCAUAUCGGACCUGCGCGACAUGGCGCACAAACACUCCAUUCCUGAACACGAGGUCGUCGCUAUUAUUUGGCAAUGUGUGAUGUCGCGAGGCGAGUGGAACAAGAAGGAGGAGUUGCUGGCGGAGCAGGCCGCCAAACACUUGCGUCACUACACUCCACUGCUGGCUGCCUUCGCGCAGUCCGCUAAAGCUGAAAUCGCGUUAUUGACUAAGGUGCAGGAGUACUGUUACGAGAACAUGAACUUCAUGCGAGCGUUCAGCAAGCUGGUGGUGAUGCUGUACAAGACCAACGUGCUGUCCGAGGAGGUGAUCCUCAAGUGGUACCGCGAGCCCAACUCCAGCAAGGGCAAGAUGAUGUUCCUCGACCAGAUGAAGAAGUUCGUCGAGUGGCUACAGAGCGCCGAAGAAGAGUCCGAGAGUGGCGAAGAAGAAGAUUAGAUUAAGAGCAGCGAGUGAGACUGACAACACAAGGCGCCGUCCCACCAUUGAAGCAUAAUCACAGCCCGCGCACCCAGUCCGACUGCCCGACCGACCGACCGACCGACAGCCCGACACAUCCGACGCACGGGGCGGCGCUCCAACCGACCGACAGCCCGGCCGUCGCACCUACCAAUAAUAAUGUACCAUAAUAUAAGUCAUAUUGUUAACACAGGGCGACCACACGGGACAAUGUUUUCUACAACUGUAUAUUAUUCAUUUCUAAAUAACAUGUUGAUGAAAUACCAUAUUUUUUAUUCAAUUUUUUUAGUAAAAUUCAAAUAAAUGGUGGAAACCAA